AGCAGCUGACUCCACAGCUUGCAGUGUAAUUAGCAAACAGAGCACCAGUUUACUCACUCUGCACUGCUCUUAUUUUUUCACGUUAGCCUCCUUCCCCCCCGAUGGACGACUGCUAUCAUUCCCGGUUGCUUAUUCUAUAAACACCCGCUGUUUUUGUGAACGAUCGGAAAGGCGCCGGUGCGCCACUUUUCGACAAUUUGAAAGCUCAAGAAGUCGGGCUGACUACUAGAAACCGGAAUACUUGGGAUCAUUUGGAGAGUGGAUCCGUUUACACCGGGAUUCAUGGGUUAUGAAGGAAGAAUGGAGUUCCCAGACCAUAGCCGCCAGUUGCUGCAGUGUCUGAGUCAGCAGCGUCACCAAGGUUUCCUCUGUGACUGCACUGUUCUUGUCGGGGAGGCUCGAUUCAAAGCGCACAGAGCCGUGCUGGCCUCCUGCAGCAUGUACUUCCAUCUCUUCUACAGGGACCAGCUGGACAAAAGGGACGUUGUGCAUCUCAACAGUGACAUUGUGACAGCCCCGGCUUUCAGUCUGCUCCUUGAAUUUAUGUAUGAGGGGAAGUUGGAUUUCAGCUCUCUCCCGGUGGAGGAUGUCCUGGCAGCAGCCAGUUACCUCCACAUGUAUGAUAUAGUGAAAGUGUGCAAAGGCAAGCUUAAAGAUAAGGAACACUCUUCUCCGGAUGAAAAGAUGAGUGAGGGUUUGGGACUUGGCUGUCUGGACAGGGAAAAUUCCUCGGAAGGCGAGCUGCACAGUAAGCAGCUCAUCCGGCGACAGCCCCAGACACAGUCUCAGGGGCUUCUCAGGGCCCCCCUGAAAGAAGAGUUUGACAUGGACAAGAGCGAAGUCAGGCUGGCUGUCACAGAUUGUGAUAGGUCUGCGCGGAGCAGGCAGAAGGCAAAUGGUCACUCUGGCAGGUCCCCGGACCUUGUAGGUGUCAAUUAUUUGUCAGCAGAGGCCGAGCCCUGCGUCCAAACAGCUGGAAAAACAAAAGCUGAUGUCAGUAGUUCCACCGUAUCGCUGUCCCAGAGGUCCCGGGCUUCAGAUGACAUGGACUGUGCACUGGAUUUGUCUUUCAAGCCUCUGUCUAGCAGAGAUCCCUUACACCCCUCCUACGUCUCGGGACAGCUGGCCCUCGACAGCCAGCAGCAGGGCACUGAGCCACUUGUUAAAGACGAACACGACUUGCUGUCAGAGCAGGAGGACAGUGAGCCGAUGAGCCCUGAGAGCCAGCGCUUUGGGAAUAGUGCCAGGAGCUCAGUGGUGACAGGGUUCGCUGCCCUCUUCCCAGGCAACAACGGCUCCACAGCCGCCCUGCUCUCCCAAGAGGAGGACCUGAUGGACGAGGAGGGGGAGGCCUGCAGAGGGAGGGAUGGCGCCCCGGGCAGGGAGGUAGAGGAGAGGAGGGGUCGGCUGCUGGGGGACAGCGAGGAGGAGGAGGAGGACGACUUGGCCUCUUCAGACAUCUCCACCUCCAGCGGGGUACUCCUGCCCCCAGGGGCACAGGUAUGCGUGUGCCCCCUCUGCAGUAAAGUCUUCCCCAGCCCCCAUGUGCUGCAACUGCACCUCAGCUCACACUUCCGCGAGAAGGACGGGGCUCGCUCAAAGUUGUCCCCCGACGGCUCGGUCCCCACCUGCAUGCAGUGCAACAAGACCUUCUCCUGCAUGUACACCCUGAAGCGCCACGAGCGCACACACUCUGGGGAGAAGCCAUACACCUGUGGCCAGUGUGGCAAGAGCUUCCAGUACUCUCAUAACUUGAGUCGGCACGCUGUAGUUCAUACUCGUGAGAAGCCUCACGCUUGUAAGUGGUGCGAACGGCGCUUCACCCAGUCCGGGGACCUCUACCGCCACAUCAGGAAGUUUCACUGUGGCCUUGUCAAGACUCUCGCCAUUGGAUAAAACACCUCUCACCAGUGCCAUGACAUGAGACAGAAUGUCUUUUCCUACACUGAAUACUACUACUACUGAACACUUUCCCCCAAUAGUACACACACAUGUUGGCAGUUUGUUGGAGACUUCUCUUUUUGGAUUCUACCCCAUGUGGCAUUUCUCAAGUUAAAGAUGUAGCAACGUUAAAACUGGAGCUGUUUCCUGUGCUGGACUGUGUCACAGGCAUACAUGAUGGUCAGAGGCAGGCUGUUCAUUCUAAACAUGGGUGCUGUGAAACCCAAGCUGGAUCUGUGUUGAUGAAGGUGAACAAAUGUAGAUGAUGCACUUGUUUGUUUCUGUCUUCUGUCUUGUUUGUGUCAAUCUGUUGAGUUUAUUUGAGGAGUAUAUUUGCUGAUCCCAUGUUCGUAAAUGGGUGAUGGCUAAUGCUAACAUAUGUUAAUACAAUCGUCAGAGUGAGUGAGACUUUUAUUUGUGCACAUGGGAGAUCAGAACCGUCCGUAAGUAGCAAUAUAUGAUUUUUUUUUUUUUUUAACUCCUACAUUAUUAUUAUUAUUAUUAUUAUUAUUAUUAUUAUUAUUAUUAUUAUUAUUUAUUUUGGGGGAUUUGUUUAGUCCUUAACAAGUAUCAUAAGGCAGCAAAACUAAUGAAGUUUGACUACUGGAAGUAUAAUUAUUUUUGUCAUGGAAGUAUUAGUUUUUGUUUGGUUGAAAUGAAGUUGGUGACAGUUUCAUGUUGUUUACAACAAGAGGCAAGCAGACCAUCAUAUCACCAUAUUUGUUCUUUUUGUUUGCCUUGGGGUGAGAUACCAAGUCUUUAGUCUCUAAUGUGAGUGAGCACAUAUCAAUGUCAUGGCCUUCUAAUUUGCUACUUAAAAAGUUGUAUAAUCAGAGGGGGGAAGUUAAAAGCUAAUGCCUGUAACACUGGUGCCUACUGAAAUUCUUAACACUUCACCUCGUGUACUUACUUAAACAAGAAUGAAAUAUAUCACCAAGCCUUCUUCUCAAAUCCACUGCGUUUUUAAGGCCUUUUGCAAGAAUCUGGAUAACACUCCACAUACCAGGUGGUAACAAAGGUAAUUGUCUCCUCUGGAAGGCCAAUUGAUCCACAAGCGUCCUUUAAUUGAAUUAUUUAGAAGAAUGUAAUGAAAGUACAUAAUCAAGCUCAUCAACUUGCCAGUAAAUUACCUUGUUAUUUCCUGGUAUGACAUAAAGGGUACACUGACACGGUGUUAAGGGCAAACCCUCAGCAGGCGGGGAGGGAGACGGGUGGAUAUUCAGUACUUUGUUGUUCAUCAAAGCUGUGCUCCACGUGCCAUUGAGCUGAAUCUACUGACUUUUUUUCUUUCUUUGAAUUAACCUUUUCACAUUAUCAUAUCUUCUUACUGUCUCUGUAUAUGUUACUACUGAUGAAGCUGGAGCCUUUAGUGAUGCUGUCCUUUUUUUUGGAAAGAAUCUUUUGGCAGAAAAAUGGAUUUUCUUCUGUCUGUUCACAUAAAUGUCAUCUGGAUUCUUAGCAGGGGACGUAGCACUACAAGUUCGUGAUAUUUUGUCUAAUCUGUCCUGAGAAGACUUGAUCAGAAUUUAUUUAUUAGUUUGACUUGGUUCAGGGUUUACUGUAGGUGUACUCCUUAUUUUCUAUAAGCUUGAAAGACGCCGCGUCUUGCCUAGCGAUCUUGGUACUCAUUAACUGGUAUUGGGGCUGUCUGUUCAUCUUUUUUUCUCCGUACAAAUCGAGUUACUGUAAUUGUAUUUUAAUAUACCGUGUAGAAAUCUCAAGAUUUGUCACAUGGAACAUAGAGAAGCACUUGUUUUAAGCAUGCAUAUAGUUUCAACACUAUUGUCUAGGCUGCUAUUUCUUACUAUAUGUAUAUUUAAUGUAAAUAUAUAUUCUAUUUAUCAAACUGUUUUUGUUUUUUUCCGUGUUACAACACAUGUCCGUGCUACAGGUAGCGAGAGAGAGUCAGGUGUCUUAUUAAGGCUGCAGUCUCUUAAAAGUGUCACGUCUUCCCCAGGGAGUUUGGUUCCUUCUUCAUAUUCAAGAACAGUUAAUACCGCUCUGACUGCUGUUCUGCCACAGGAAACAGUUGUUCACAAGCAGCAGCCAAACUGAUACGGCAUUAGUUACCUAUAGAAACGAGACAAUACAGGCAUUGUCCUCCCCCCCCUCGCACCACAACCAAAUCCCAGGUAGUUCUCAAGGGAUCAUUGUGUAUUUCUACGCUAGCUGUGUGGAGAAAAGGCAGCGCAAGUCUCUCUUUGCACUUUUCUGUAUUGAAUGGAGCCAUUGGAAUGUGAGAAAUGUAUUUAGCAAAGGGAGACCAAGGACACUGUAAACAGGUGUAUUGUUUGGCGGCAUCAAAGAACAGCCCCCCCCCCCCCCCCCCCUCCUCAUCCCAGCAUGCUGUAGAUAAAUGCUUCAUUGUUCCUCUACAUGGAGGAGAUACCACGGUGAUUUGAUUGCACAUCCAUCAAGAGAAUAUCAGAAUUAUUGGAGUAUUGUUUUCCAAGUGCUAGAUUUAGAAAAAUUGUAGAGACUGAAAGUAAUAUGUCUGGCAACUGUGACGACAGGUCAAAUGUAGGUGCUGACUACCUAUCCAUUUCAAAAUAGCACACCCUAAGGUGUUUUGUUUCGUUUUAUGUUAAUCCCCAAGACUUCUUUCAGGACACAGAAAUGAAUUCACAUGUAAUUUCUCAGCAUUUGCAAUGGUUUUUCAAGAGAGCCCAAGUCGAGGCGAAGCAUUUCUCCCAGAAUUACUGCAAUCUGUUUUCAUUCUACUCCCUGACACGCAGUCAGCAACGGGGGCUUGAAUGAACGAGGCUUGUGUGUGAUUUUAUUUUAUUAUUUUUUUUUUCAAGAAAUGUGAUUUGGCUCCCUGUUAACUUGCACAAACACUCCUGCCGUUCGCACGCCCUGAGAGUUUAAUCACUUAGAACAAUAUGUUUCAGAUACAUAGCUGUUGCGUUAAUAAUGUAUACUUCAAUCAGAACACACAGGAAUGUAGCUUUUGUCACUGUUUCAGUUCUUUUUUUUUUUUCUUAUGUGGUGCAAAUUAAAUUGCUUGAUUCUCUAAUGUACAUGUGUACAGAGGUAGAACAACUAACGAUAUGUGAAGAGUUUUUUCUUUUUAUUGUUUGCAGUCUUUAUUUAUACCUCCAGGAUGAUCACCAAAUGUGCCUUGUAGACACACAAAUAGGUGUUGCAUCUGGAGAAGCCCUUUUUCUAUAUUGUACAUUUUUUGCCCUUGACUGCGGCGGUAAAGUUCACAUCACAGCGACAGAAGCCCACUGAAGUGAUUCACAACUGUUGUUCCUGUUUUUCUAUCAUGUCAAAAAUCAGACAAAUUAAAAUUUUCAAGUCCAUUUAUUUUUGCUGUUUUUGCGAGAUAUUACAUCUGAGAUUUAUUUGACCGUUUCAUUUUUUUUGUUUUAUGUGAAUAAAUCUGUUUUGGACGUGUUAAACUGAAGACAAGCAUUUUUCAUGAUUUGUUUUUUUUUAGUAGCCAAUACUACUGGGAACUAACAGUCUGUUCCUUUAGUUAAUGUCACUGUUGAAUGUGAAACACUGAGAUUUUGAUUGUUGACUUUAAAAAAAGCGCUACUCUUGAUUGAGGGCUCUGUUUGCCUAACUCAUGCUGUAUGAUCUUUAAGUCAAAAAAAAAAAAAAAGAAAAGAAAAAAAAGACUUUACCGAUACUGGAAUUUUCUCCUCUGCAGGUUACAACUGUGAAAUUGUGUAUAAUCAUGAGAAAUAUUUAUUAUUGCAUUUGCUUCUUGUGCAACAUUUGACUGUCUCUGUUUUAAUUUGGUAAAGGAAAAAAAAAAAAAAAAAAAAAACAUGCUUCUAAAUGCUGAAUGAAAAUCUUUUUAAUAGAAUUUGUAGAAAUGCCAUUAGAAUUUAAUAUAAUUUUUUAAUAAGAAAGGUAUAUUUUAUAGUAAUCAAUUGCUUCAGCGUUAGUGGUGUAGAGAUUAGAGGACAAUCUUUAUGCAGAAUUGACAUUGCUUAGAUAUUGAGGCAAUUUACUUUUGAUCUAUAACUGUAUGUGCAUUUUCUUUGUUUGCGCUUUUGGAGUGUGCUUGUGUGCGUGUGCUGUGGAAAUGUGACAAUCUUGAUUUUAGGUCUUUCUUAAGAUUAUGCAUAGAAUUAAAUGGAACAACUUUC